CGUGGACGGACAUGGAGUUGUUCAGACGCUUGCCACAACCGACUACCGCCAAAGAACAAGAAGAACGAGAUAGAUUAUGUAUCGAAAUUCGCGAGAAGUGGUUGAACAAAAGUUAUUUUUUCGGUAGCAAUUCACCAGCUUCAAAAGAAGCUAUAAAACAGAUUUUAGAGCUCGCAGGUGGUGUAAAGGUUCUCCCUUCCCGUCCAAGUAGUCCAGUUAUUCUUGAAACUCAAAAAUACGCGCGCGUUCGUGUUGAACGAAGAUGGAUGAAGUUGUACAAAGAAACGAAGGAGUAUAAAGAAAGAAAGAAAAAGAAAAGUUGUGUCGCUGAACUUGUUGAAGAUUUAGUUAUGAAGAAAAAAUUACAACGCAGUGAACAAGCAUGGAGAGUGAGUGUAGUUCUCCUUAAUUAACUGUGUACAAUUUAAUGCAUUAAUUAAACUCCUGGGCGGUAGUUUAGGGCUUGGGGGUUUAUCAAAGCAUUUUUUCUUUCACCAUUGAUGAGUGUUGGGCCAUUUGUCUAAAAUUUAAUCCCUUUUUUCAUAAUUUGUACUUCUUAAUAAAAAGUUGUUAUUUUUUCAGUUGUUAAAUAGCCGUUGGAACGCAGGAGGUCGUGAUGUAGCAGCGCUUCGCAAAGCUUUAUCUGAUCCCGGUGAACGUGAAGUUUUUCGAAGAUUUAUCAGUAUCCAUGGUGACAUGAUGGAAAACAAUUUAAACUUUUGGUUGGAAGUGCAAAAAUAUAAGGAGCUGUGCCACAACCAUGUGGAAGGGAAGCUUAUCAAACAAAAAAUUCAAACUAUCAUUGAUGUUUUUAUAAAAUCAUCCCUCCCACCUGAGUUACAAGUUGACAUACCAAUUGAAAUAGCUGAGAGGUUGUACGACAAGGCUUGCGGAAGACCGCCCCAGCGUGGCCCCUACUUGUUUCGCGAAGCCCAGGCGACUGUGUUUAGGCUGUUGUAUAAUUUUUGGAAGGAGUAUAGCAUCUUUCGCUCGCAAUUAGACGAUGGAGUAAGUCCAGCUCAAUCAUUACAACAUUUACAAAAACAGCAUGCUGAUGACAUCACAAGAAAGAAAAUGCUAAUCGAGCGAAGAAGAUUGUCGAAGUUGAUAAAUGAAAAGAAGAAGAAGCGAGAAUAUAUACCGAAAGAAAGAUCAAAACCUGCUGAUUUGAUUAGUUACAUGACGAAGACGAUUGAAUCGAACGCCGACGCAGAGAGUGAUCACUUGACCACUUCGUUCGCUUACUCGAAAUAUAUUGCUCAAACUGAAUUGAAGUCGUUGGAAGCAAGAAUGAAGAAGGAAGGAAUAUCUCUACAAGACGUUCCAGAAUCAAACAAGUUAGAUUUAUUAAAAGACAAACCUCUUGGUGACAAUACUUCGGACAUUUCAGGGGCAAGAAAAUCCUUCAAAUCGACAUUUACUUCGGAUGCGAUGCCUUCAUCCAACAACAACAACAACCGCAAAACGAGUCAGUUAUUUGAAUGCAGUUUAGAGCAGAACACAAACAGAGAAUCUAAACCAAGCCUUUCAAGAGUAACAAGCGUGCAUUUUAACAUUGCUCGCAAAAGUCAAAAUUUACAAAAAAGCAGUACUUGUGGAAAGUCGACAUCUCGGUUUGAUAAAAGCGCUCGUAAGUCUGAGAAAAAGAACUUCGAUCAAUUUACACGUGGUCAGCUAGAGGUCUUAGAAGAGGGCAAGAAAUCUGGUAAUCGAUUGACAGCAAAAUUGUUGAAAGAGUUUGAGCAAUCUGAAAAAGGCAAACCAUUAAAAGAUGCUUCAGUUUUGAACCGUAUUACAGCUCCACUUCCGACAACCACACAUGUGAUGAUGUUUCCCAAGAUUGAGUAUGCAUGUGAUCCGAAAUCGGAUGUUAUUAAAAGAACGGUGAAAAAUGUUGUAAACCCACGGUUACCACGAAAUGCUGGCACUGCUACCAUUUUGAAAAAAAUGGAGAAAGAAAGACCUAGGGUUGAAAGCCCACCUCCAAAAAUAAUGGCGGAUGUUGUUGUGUGCUGAUAAAUAAAAGAUUUGGAUGAAAGUUAUGUUAUUUUUUAUGUAAAUAAAGUCAAAGAAAUAUGCAGUGGGCUGUCUCUAUCUAAAUGUCUUCAUAGAACAUCGCCUUUGUUUUUUUUGUCAUUUGUUAUUUUUUCAUUUAUCUCUAACUUUUCUUAUUGAACAAAUUUUCCUUAUGAGAUUUCACUAUAUAGUAAUAUAUCAUGUGUAUAUUUUUGUAAUAUUUUUAUGUAUAAAUUUUAGAGUGCUUUUAUUGUGUCAUCUAUUUAUUUUCAGAUAUAUUUAUACAUCAAAGAUCAAUAUUAUGGUAUAUAUUUUUUUAAUUUUAAGGUGGAGUUGAAAGUUUCCUUCGUCUUAAUUGAAGUAAAAUUUUAGACCGUAGCCGUCUCUUACACCAACCAAGUAAUAACUGCGUAUGUGCAGUAGCACUUAUUUCGGUGUGUUUAAGGUAGGUUUUUACACGCAUGUAGACAAUACAACGCUUCUCAACAGAGCGCGAAGUGAAAUUCAUUUAAACGCCGCAUAAGUGUUAUGGCAGGGGAAUAUUUUAUGGUAUCGGAUAGAAUUAAAACAUUUAAAAAUUUACCUACAUAUAACAGAAGUCGUACAGAGUCUAGAAAGCAGGAUUUGACC